CCCUCAGUGGCCAGCACCUCGGAGGCUGAGCACCGUCUAUUUGAGCAUCUGUUUGAAGAUUACAAUGAGAUCAUCCGGCCUGUGGCCAAUGUGUCCGACCCAGUCAUCAUCCAGUUUGAGGUGUCCAUGUCUCAGCUUGUGAAGGUGGAUGAAGUAAACCAGAUCAUAGAGACAAAUCUGUGGCUCAAGCAAAUCUGGAAUGACUACAAGCUGAAGUGGGACCCCUCUCACUAUGACGGGGCAGAGUUCAUGCGUGUCCCUGCGCAGAAGAUCUGGAAGCCAGACAUUGUGCUGUAUAACAAUGCUGUUGGGGAUUUCCAGGUGGACGACAAGACUAAAGCCUUACUCAAGUACACAGGGGAAGUGACUUGGAUCCCUCCAGCCAUCUUUAAGAGCUCGUGCAAAAUCGAUGUGACCUACUUCCCGUUUGAUUACCAAAACUGCACCAUGAAGUUUGGUUCCUGGUCCUACGACAAAGCGAAAAUCGACCUGGUCCUGAUCGGCUCCUCCAUGAACCUCAAGGACUACUGGGAGAGUGGCGAGUGGGCCAUCAUCAAAGCCCCCGGCUACAAGCAUGACAUCAAGUACAACUGCUGUGAGGAGAUCUACCCGGACAUCACGUACUCACUGUACAUCCGGCGCCUGCCCUUGUUCUACACCAUCAACCUCAUCAUCCCCUGCCUGCUCAUCUCCUUCCUCACCGUGCUCGUCUUCUACCUGCCCUCCGACUGCGGCGAGAAGGUGACCCUCUGCAUCUCCGUCCUCCUCUCUUUGACCGUGUUUCUCCUGGUGAUCACCGAGACCAUCCCAUCCACGUCGCUCGUCAUCCCCCUGAUUGGCGAGUACCUCCUUUUCACCAUGAUCUUCGUGACCUUGUCCAUCGUCAUCACCGUCUUCGUGCUCAACGUGCACUACAGAACCCCGACCACCCACACGAUGCCCACGUGGGUAAAGACCAUAUUCCUGAACUUGCUCCCUCGGGUCAUGUUCAUGACCAGGCCGGCAAGCAACGAGGGAAACCCUCAGAAGCCAAGGCCCUCCUACGGUGCUGAGCUCUCAAGUCUGAAUUGCUUCAGCCGCGUAGAGUCCAAAGGCUGCAAGGAAGGCUACCCCUGCCAGGAUGGGAUGUGCGGUUAUUGCCACCACCGCAGGAUAAAAAUCUCAAAUUUCAGUGCCAACCUCACGAGAAGCUCCAGUUCUGAAUCCGUUGAUGCUGUGCUGUCUCUCUCUGCUUUGUCACCAGAAGUCAAAGAAGCGAUCCAAAGUGUCAAGUAUAUUGCUGAAAAUAUGAAAGCACAAAAUGAAGCCAAAGAGGUAAGGAUAUGCUUGUUAUCACGUUGGUCACUCAUUCAGCAAACAUUUAUAGUUUCCUUGUGGGACUAG